CUGACGCUAGGGGGCGCCGCAGGCUGCCCGGCACUCAGCUCGCUGCCCCGGAGCGCCGGGGCGGGGACGCGGCGGCCAUGGACCGCUUCGUUUGGACCAGCGGCCUCCUGGAGAUAAACGAAACCCUAGUGAUCCAGCAGCGCGGGGUGCGAAUAUACGACGGCGAGGAGAAGAUAAAAUUUGAUGCUGGGACUCUCCUUCUUAGUACACACCGACUGAUUUGGAGAGAUCAGAAAAAUCAUGAAUGCUGCAUGGCCAUUCUUCUUUCCCAAAUUGUGUUCAUUGAAGAACAGGCAGCUGGAAUUGGGAAGAGUGCCAAAAUAGUGGUUCAUCUUCACCCAGCUCCUCCUAACAAAGAACCUGGCCCAUUCCAGAGUAGUAAGAACUCCUACAUCAAACUGUCCUUCAAAGAACAUGGCCAGAUUGAGUUUUACAGGCGUUUAUCAGAGGAAAUGACACAGAGAAGAUGGGAGAAUAUGCCAGUUUCCCAGUCAUUACAAACAAAUAGAGGACCCCAGCCAGGAAGAAUAAAGGCUGUAGGAAUUGUAGGCAUUGAAAGGAAACUGGAAGAAAAAAGAAAAGAAACUGACAAAAACAUUUCUGAGGCCUUUGAAGACCUCAGCAAACUAAUGAUCAAGGCUAAGGAAAUGGUGGAGUUAUCAAAAUCAAUUGCUAAUAAAAUUAAAGACAAACAAGGUGACAUCACAGAAGAUGAGACCAUAAGGUUUAAAUCCUACUUACUAAGCAUGGGAAUAGCUAAUCCAGUUACCAGAGAAACCUACGGCUCAGGCACACAGUACCACAUGCAGCUGGCCAAACAGCUGGCUGGAAUAUUGCAGGCACCUUUAGAGGAACGAGGGGGAAUAAUGUCACUCACAGAGGUGUACUGCUUAGUAAACCGAGCUCGAGGAAUGGAAUUGCUCUCACCAGAAGAUUUAGUGAAUGCAUGCAAAAUGCUGGAAGCACUGAAAUUACCUCUCAGGCUCCGUGUGUUUGACAGUGGCGUCAUGGUAAUUGAGCUUCAGUCUCACAAAGAAGAGGAAAUGGUGGCCUCAGCCCUGGAGACAGUUUCGGAAAAGGGAUCCCUAACAUCAGAAGAGUUUGCUAAGCUCGUGGGAAUGUCUGUCCUCCUGGCCAAAGAAAGGUUGCUGCUUGCAGAGAAGAUGGGCCAUCUUUGCCGUGAUGACUCAGUGGAAGGCCUGCGUUUUUACCCAAAUUUAUUUAUGACACAGAGCUAAGGGUUUUGUAUUUAAAAUCGUUUUUGUCCAUAUGCUUGUGUCAUAUAGAGGUUGUAUGACAUAGAGCUAAGAGAUAAACCCUGAUCAACUGAGAAUUUAUUCAAACUUCACAGUGUAAUAUAAAACUCUUUUAAUUUCUCACUAAAUAUGGUCCAGGAAAUUUAUUUAGGAUACACAUAGGAAAAUACAGAACAGUGAAUGCCAACAUGACUUUAAAAUCAUGCUAUAGUUGUGCAGAAGCCUGAGUUUAACUUGAAAUAUAGUGCAUUUUAACUUGAUCCUCAAAUCUAAUUAUUUUGUAAAGAAGGGAAUUUAGUUUUGCAGAGACUAAAAAGAGAAGUUGCAUGUUCG